AGAAUUGAAAAUCGUGGAAUACAAGACGACCAAGGAAUUUAUAUACAAAUUUACAAUAAACCACGUCCGACAGUCGGCUAAGGCGCAUAGAGACCCAAAAAAUGUCGGUCUUUCUUCUCAGUUCGUCCUCCUCAUGUGCUCUGGUGCGUGACUUCCACUUCUCCCAAUGGAAAUUGAAGGAGCCAUUGACAAACCCUUUAACGUUAUCGAAAGAAAGGAGAAGCAGCAGCAGCAGCGGCAGCUGCGUACGUUUAGCGAAUUAUAACAGGAAUAGAAAAAUUGGGGUGAAAGCGUUUUUCUUCAAUCCCAUCGAUGAACCCAUUCUCAAAGAAGCUCUAAAGGAGCCAGUUGCUUUCAUGGGUGGGAUGUUUGCGGGUCUUUUAAGGCUUGAUUUGAAAGAAGAGCCACUCAAGGAAUGGAUUGAGAGGACUGUGGAAGCUUCUGGAGUUACUGAGGAAGAAAUUGAUGCUGAAGGGUCAAAACCAGAAGAAGUCCCACAACAAAUUCAAAUUGAAUGAGAUAAUUACCUUGGUUUUUACCGCAUACCAGACACACUUGUUGAUUAUACUCGUAUUUAACUACAAUACAACAUUAGUCAUUCGAAUCUGUCUUUGUAUGAUAAUAAUCUGAGAUGUCUGUCUUUGAAGUCCAUUCACCCUUCUCUUCAGACCGGAUGCGGUGUAAAGCAGGCCACCCAUUACUUUCCAAGCUAGAGCACACCGCACAGUAUCAUUGCCCCCAGUCUCACUAUAUCUAUUCUCGGUUCAAAUCCAUAUUUGUUGCUGUUAUCGGCUUCGUCGCUACUGCCAUUGCUCAGCCCGACUCCGUGACACCCAUGCUAAGAGAUAAAUGGGCAACAAUGAAAGUUUCCAGUUAUGAGUAAGAUGUGUUCUGCACACUAUACUUUUAUCUCAUUAUAAUGAGAGUGAUAUUUUCUUUAUCAA